AUGCACAACCUAGUUGGUGGCCUUCCACACCACAUUCUUAGAGACUUGGCUGCAAAAUAUGGGCCGCUCAUGCACCUUCGCCUCGGUGAAGUUCCUGUUGUGGUUAUAUCAUCGCCCGACAUGGCUAAAGAGAUUCUAGUCUCUCGUGAUCCUGCUUUUGCUGCAAGGCCCCAUACUCUAGCCAGCAAAAUCAUCUGGUAUGACCAUCAAGAUUUGAUCUUUGCUCCUUACAGCGAUUAUUGGUCGCAAAUGCCAUUUGGUAGAGUGUACAAGGAUCAGGAAACCACGAUUCAGAAUUUGAAGACAGCAAUUGCUUUUGCAGCUGGAAUCAACGUAGCUGAUUUCUUUCCAUCCCUGAAACUGUUACAUGCCAUUACGGGAUUGAAGCACAAGUUGCAAAAGAUGCACGAUUACUUGGAUGAAGUUCUCGAGAAUGUUAUCAAGCAACAUAAGGCGAACCACGCAAGUGGGAAAAUGGGUAACGCUGAGUCGGGAGAUGGAGAUGUUAUUGAUGUGCUACUACAACAACAGGAGAGUGGCAAAUAUCAGAUUCCGAUAAAAGCUGAAAACAUAAAAGGUGUCCUUUUGGAUAUCUUCGCUGCUGGAUUGGACGCAUCAUCUGUUAUAAUUGAAUGGGCAAUGUCAGAAUUAAUGAGGCAUCCAGGGAUUUUGACCAAGGCACAAGAGGAACUACGACGAGUUUGCAAGGGUAAGAAAACGAUCGAUGAGGAUGACGUCCAGAACUUGAAAUACUUGAAGAUGGUGGUAAAAGAAACUCUGAGGCUUCAUCCAGCUGCUGCUUUUAUCCCAAGAGCAACUGCAGAAAAUUGUGAGGUAAAUGGAUAUAUCAUACCGGAGAAAGCCCGCGUCUUAAUCAAUAUCUGGGCAAUAGGGAGAGAUCCUAAAAACUGGGACGACCCAGAAAAUUUCAUGCCUGAGAGAUUUGAGCAAAAAUCAGUUGAUUAUCUUGGAACCCAUUGUGACUAUAUCCCGUUUGGGUCAGGAAGGAGACUAUGCCCAGGAAGUACGUUAGGUUUAGCCACUGUGGAGCUCAUGCUAGCUCAUUUACUUUACCACUUUGACUGGAAACUUCCUGAUGAGAUGAACCCCAAGGAUUUGGACAUGGAUGAGGUUUUUGGAAUAGGUAUAGCCAGGAAAAAUGCCCUUUGCCUGGUUGCGAAAGCAUACGAUCCUUUCCAGGAUCAGUAA